GGCGGCGGCGGCGGCGGCGGCCGCGGUGGUCGCGCUCAGACGCCCCGUGCGCCGCGCUCCAUGCCGGUGUGGUGCUGCCGCUGCUCCCUGGCCGGUCAUUUCAGAAACUAUAGUGACACUGAAACCGAAGGAGAGAUUUUUAAUUCCUUAGUGCAAUAUUUUGGUGAUAAUUUGGGGCAAAAAGUUAAAGCUAUGCCAUUAGUUGAAGAAACUUCUUUACUGGAAGAUUCAUCAGUGACUUUGCCUGUGGUAGUAAUAGGAAAUGGACCCUCAGGAAUCUGCCUUUCUUACAUGUUAUCGGGCUACAGACCAUAUUUAUCAUCAGAAGCAAUACAUCCAAAUGCAAUCUUACAUAGUAAAUUAGAAGAAGGAAGACAUCUUUCCAUUGUUGAUCAGGACUUAGAAUACCUGUCUGAGGGCCUUGAGGGCCGAUCAUCCAAUCCAGUGGCAGUACUUUUCGACACACUUCUUCAUCCAGAUGCUGACUUUGGGUACGAUUAUCCAUCCGUUUUGCAUUGGAAAUUAGAACAACAUCAUUACAUCCCUCACCUAGUUCUCGGUAAAGGUCCACCUGGUGGAGCUUGGCAUAAUAUGGAAGGUUCCAUGUUGACAAUCAGCUUUGGAAAUUGGAUGGAGCUACCUGGACUUAAAUUUAAAGACUGGGUAUCCAGCAAACGAAGGAACCUAAAAGGGGAUCGUGUUAUGCCAGAGGAAAUAGCUCGUUACUAUAAACAUUAUGUAAAAGUCAUGGGUCUGCAGAAGAAUUUCAGAGAGAAUACCUAUAUCACCUCUGUAUCAAGACUCUACAGAGAUCAAGGUGAUGGUGAUGGACAAGACAGAAAUAUUUCAGCGCAGCAUUUACAGAUAGAGAAGUCAAAACUUAUCAAGAGGAAUUGGGAGAUCAGAGGUUAUCAGCGAGUAGCGGAUGGUUCCCACGUUCCCUUCUGUCUCUUUGCUGAGAACGUAGCGCUGGCAACUGGCACGCUGGAUUCUCCUGCCCAUCUGGAAAUUGAAGGGGAAGAUCUUCCUUUUGUGUUCCAUUCAAUGCCUGAAUUUGGAGCUGCUAUAGGCAAAGGAAAGUUGCGUGGCAAAGCGGACCCAGUGUUAAUUGUGGGUUCCGGGCUUACUGCAGCUGACGCAGUACUGUGUGCGUACAACAAUAAUAUUCCUGUGAUUCAUGUAUUUCGCAGACGAGUAACUGAUCCAAGCUUAAUUUUCAAACAGCUUCCCAAAAAGCUUUAUCCAGAAUACCAUAAAGUCUAUCAUAUGAUGUGUACUCAGUCAUAUUCUGUAGACUCCACUCUUCUUUCUGAUUAUACCAGUUUUCCUGAGCACCAUGUGCUUUCCUUUAAGUCGGACAUGAAAUGCAUUCUUCAAAGCAUCUCUGGAUUGAAGAAAAUAUUUAAGCUCUCUGCAGCAGUAGUACUGAUAGGUUCUCAUCCCAAUCUGUCUUUUCUGAAGGAGCAAGGGUGUUACCUGGGCCACAACUCAAGCCAGCCCAUCACAUGUAAGACUAAUCCUGUGGAAAUAGAUGCAUAUACCUACGAAUGUGUUAAAGAAGCCAACCUUUUUGCAUUGGGUCCUUUGGUUGGAGACAAUUUUGUUCGAUUUUUAAAGGGAGGGGCAUUGGGUGUUACACGCUGUUUAGCUACAAGGCAGAAGAAAAAACAUUUGUUUGUGGAAAGAGGAGGGGGAGACGGGAUAGCUUAAAGUGAGUUUACAAGUAAUUUAUAUGGACAGUUUACCAUUAAAGAUUUUUUAAUAGUGGUUUUGCAGUGUACUGGCUUGAAGUUUCUGGACUUGAAUGAACUGAAGAGAGCCUCAAGCUAUCUAUAGUAACUGUUUUUUACAGUUACAAGAACUUGGCAUCCUGAUCUAUAUAGUAUCAAAGGUAUCACUGUCAGACCAAUAGAAACACUGCCAAUUUGGUAUACUUUAAGCGCUUAACAAAAACGUUCUUUUCUUCCAAGACUUUUUUUGGUGAUCGUUUGUGAUUAUGUUUGAUUCCAAAAUCUGACAGCCUUGAAUAAUGGAUAAAACCAUACAGUCCCAUUAAACCAGAAAUUGUCUUCACUGUAUAUUCGAGCAGCAAGGUGACCUAAGGGUGGUCUAAAGACCAACAUUAGCUUCAUUUGUAGCUUGGUAGAAGUGUGGACUUUCAGGCCCCACAACAGAUUACUGAAAUCAGAAACUGCAUCUAAUGAGAUCCUCAAGGAAUCUGUAUGCUCAUUUGAGACAUACUGGUGUAAAAGAACUAUAACUUAGGUAUGCUGGGGGUGGGCAGAGUAGGAAGCAUUUAUAACUCAGGUUUAAUUUAUUUUGAAUGAUCAAUUCUAUAAAUCUAAUUUAUUACCAAAUAUGGUAUUUUAAAAAAUAUUUUUAUUGUAAACUUGGUAAGUACUUCAUAUUCUUAGCUUCUAAUAAUUUAAAGAGUCCAAUAAUGUUGGCAUACACUUAAAGGUACAUUCACAAACCUGCCAAAAUAUUUUUGGAGAUUUAUUCUCUCAUUAACAUAACAAUCUAACUUGCAAUUCAAUAAAUUGUGAAAACUA